AUGUACGGAGACAGUAUAUUUAGAUACCGCGAUGGUAUCUGCGUUGCCCAAAUCGUCACCUUCUCGAUCUCCUUCAUCUUUGCUGUUUCGUUUUAUUGGACAAGAAGAAUCGGCUGGUUCUGUAUCGGUGUCUUCUCAAUCAUCCGCCUUGUUAGCGCAAGCUGCUACUUGGCCAUUAUGAAGAAUGACUCGGAUAGUCUUUGGGCUACUGUGUUUGUCUGCGAGUCGUUAGGCAUCAUGCUCAUCAUCUUUCUGUUUCUGGAGCUUCUGCGUCGAGUAAACAAAGUUGUCGCUGUAGUGCACAAACGCUACUUUUAUGCUCCGCAAGUGCUUACCUGGAUCGAUAUCAUCAUCUCUAUUGUUGGUUAUAUCGUCAUCAAGAACAAAGAUGACAAUCAACUUGACCCUACGCCAUAUGAUCAAGCCAGUAGAGCGAUCAUCACCAUCAUCUAUGUCUACACUCUCUGGCCACUAUGGGUCUUCUGGCGUUUUCAAGACAUGUCUGCAUACGCACUUCCGGAGCGAAGAGCUAUUCGCUGUGUUGCAUACUGCAUCCCUCUAAUGAUUGUAAGAUUGGUUUACUCGCUCAUCUUUGAAGCUACUGGAAACAGAACCUUCAAUUCUAGCAAGGGAAAUCCAACGGCAUAUCUGACCAUGACUUAUCUGCCUGAGCUGGGUAUUAUUGCCAUCUGUACUGCCACUAUAUUGGGCAUCCCUCCGAUCACCGAGGAGAGCAAGGAGGAAGUGGAAGCAAGGCCAGAGAUGGAGGAAAGCAAUGAUGGAGAGAUUGAUGAAACGGCGAGUCACCAUAACUUUGUGAAGACCCGCAAUGCGAAGUAG